CCAAGGGUAUUUAGGCAAUUUUACAGAUCCCUGAUCUGCGCGCGGAGAUAAAGGUAAUUUCGGACAGGAAGGCAUUUGUUCAAUGAUCGAUGAUGUAUCCCUGCACGCGCCCACGGUUCUCUCUGCAAAUGGGGUCAUACGAUGCUAUGUGUUGGAAGCGAAGCCUCGAGGCCUGUACUGGGACUGUCAGUCACCUUGCUGGCAAGCGCGCGCUCAAGUGGCACGCGUACUCCUUUACGUCCUACCAUCAUCCUCCGUCGACAACCGCUCUCGCUUGACUCGCAUAGCAAUCUACACACUUACACUGAUCUGCUUGAACCCAAUAUUUUAGGUCUUGCGAGGAAAGCUCUUGCUUGGGCGCUUUCUGGCACUGUCAUGUCUCUUGCAUCAAUUGUAUUUAGUUUACUACGUCAUGGACCAAACAUUAUGCUCUACCCAGGCGCAUUUGAAACCCAUCCAAGAGAGGUACAUCUUCCCUCGGCAUGGGGACUUCAAUACGAAGACGUAACACUCACCACUUCGGACAAAAUAAAGAUACGAGCAUACCUUCUUCUUCAACCAGAUCAGGAAACAGGUUCCCAAAAAACAUCUAUUGACUCCCCUGAAUAUGGUCAUAGGCCUACUGUCAUCAUGUUUCAUGGAAACUGUGAUAAUAUAGGAUAUACCCUACCACUCGCUCAAAUAUUCUCCAAGAGAAUGCGAUGCAAUGUCCUCAUGCUUUCACCUCGCGGUUAUGGGCAUUCUGAAGGUAGACCCUCAACAAAAGGAUUUCAACGCGAUGCCGACGCUGCUUUAAAUUUCGUCCUUUCUCAUUCAAAACUAUCCAAAGCACCGAUUGUCCUCUAUGGUCAGUCGAUAGGUGGUGCCAUGGCCGUCGACCUGGCUGUCAGACACGCUGACAAGAUUGCUGCUCUGAUAAUCGAAAACACCUUUACGUCCUUGCGCCGCCUCAUCCCAGAAAUCAUGCCCAUCUUCACCUUCGUUGCCCCUUUCUUCAGACAAUGGAACUCUGCACGAAAGCUCAAGCGAUUACCACACAGAGUCGCAUUGCUCAUGCUGAGCGGUCAACGCGAUGAGAUCGUUCCUCCCAAACACAUGCGUGAACUUUGGGAAAUCGCGACUGAGGUUAGCUCACCAUCGUCCAAAACGAAGAGCGUUGGGGAGAGCCAGAAAGCAGACAAGGACGACAAGCCACACAGGAGUGGCAGACUUGUCGAGAUUCCGCAGGGCGGACAUAAUGACACGUGGGAUGAUCCCGCUUACUGGGAUGCAAUCGAAUCGUUCCUGGAGAGCUUGCCCACUGGAUCUAGCGCAAAAUGAACGCUUAUACCC